AUGAGUUCCAACGCCAUUGAAUCAUUUAACUCAUGGAUACGGGAAGCACGCCACCUACCAAUAACUCAAAUGAUUGAUAGUAUCCGGGGAAAAAUUAUGCGCCAGAUGGCAAAACGGAGACGUAAGGCAAAUGCGUGGGCAGGUGCUAUUUGUCCCAAAAUGGAAUCUCGGUUGGUCAAAGCAUACAACAAAGGUAGAUCGUGGCUCGUAAGCCAAUCAAACGAUGACGUGUACGAGGUUCACUCUUUUCCAUCCGUCAUGGUCGAUGUUGGCAAACGUACAUGUUCUUGUUUCAAGUGGCAAAUCAACGACUUUCCAUGUGCUCAUGCAGUCGUGGCAAUCCGAAACAGUGGUCUAGACCUGUACCAGUUAGUUAUUCCCUACUAUCAUGUGGCUGAGUACCAGAAUUCAUAUGCACAAAACAUAACCCCCAUUCCAACUGUAGAGAAACCACAAUUUGACUCUGCAAAUUUUGUCAUACAUCCCUCCGCUGUUAAACGCCCACCGGGAAGGCCCAAGAAGAAACGCAUGCUUUCCAAAGGGGAACAAGUCCAACAAAUUCGGUGUGGACGUUGUCAACGCAUGGGUAACCACAACAGGAAAACGUGCAAGGAACCAAUUUAG